UUUUCAGUUUUACUACAAAAUCUUGAGUGCCAUUAUCAUUUAUCAGUGGCUCUCUUAAAGGAAUCCUCAGGAAAUAAUAAUAUUCCUCAAAUGCAUCCAAUAUUUCUAUUGAAGAAACAAAUUUCUCAUAAAAGCAAGGAGCUCCUGGGAGUGUCUUUACUGCAUUUAGAAGUCAAGAGAGAAGCAGUUGUUGAAAUGGGAAGAAAGAAUAUUGAAGUGAAAGCAAUACAAGCCUCUUGUUGAAAUACAUACAAGUGAUACAACACAAUAGUUGGAGGAGCAAGUUGUGUGGAAUCAUAUGGGCCUAGUUUGCAGCAACAGAGAGGAAAUGCAGAAAAUGAAGAACCUUGGAAGCAGUGGGAGGCUAUCAGCAGAAGAGUAUGAGGAUGAGGAGAUUUCAAAACUGACCAUCUCCACAUUUCAAUCUAAGGAAGAGGAGAUUGAGAGGAAAAAGAUGGAAGUGAGAGAGAAAGUUGAAUUUCAACUUGGUCGUGCUGAAGAAGAGACUAGGCGCUUGGCACACAUUUGGGAAGAGCUUGAAGUGCUGGAUGAUCCCAUGAGGAAGGAAGUUGCAAUGGUACGCAAGAAGAUUGACUUGGCUAACAAAGAUUUAAAGCCACUGGGACUCAACUUCCAGAAAAAGGAGAAAGAGUAUAAAGAAGCCCUGGAAGCUUUCAACGAAAAGAACAAAGAGAAGGCUCAUCUAGUAGCCACACUAGUUGAGAUGCUGACUGAGAGUGAAAGACUGAGGAUGAAGAAAUUGGAAGAGCUAUGCAAGACCAUAGAGUCUAUGUCACUGAAACAAUAAUUUCUGUGUGUGCGCUGAGUUUACUAGCUUGAUUUAUUCAAUUUUCAGUGGCUUGUGUUUAUAUACUUACAUUCUUAUUUUUCAAAAUGCCUUGUUGAUGGAAGCAUGUGCAUGUGAAUAAAAGAAGAAAAAAAAUGAAAACGAGUUUUCACAUUGGAUUAA